UUCUAAUGCAACACAGGUGGUCAUUCGGGUCACAACUGGCUCUGUGUACAGUGAAGCGCCUUCCACAGAGAGGCAUUUGUUCAUGAAUCCAUGAAUGAACCAAUGAGGAGUCUCUUAAUUUACUUCACGCUCUUCCAAUCAGCCGCGGCCGCGUCCGGGGAAGUUUGACCCGCGUGAGAUGCCAUAGCGCCCCUCCCUCCGCCACUCUGUUCCCGGCCAACAUGGCGGCCUCCGAGUCGGUGCCGGCUUCGAGUCCCAGCUCUGCAGACGAGGAGGAGACGAUUCUCUAUGACCUGCUGGUCAACACCGAGUGGCCACCCGAGACAGAAGUUCAGCCUCGAGGCAACCGAAAGCAUGGGGCAUCAUUCAUCAUCACCAAAGCCAUCAGAGAUCAUCUGUUAUUUUUGCGUCAGUACAUCUGGUACAGCCCUGCUCCGUUUUUGCUUCCUGAUGGACUGGUUCGCUUGGUCAAUAAACAGAUAAACUGGCAUUUGGUUCUUGCAAACAAUGGCAAGCUUUUGGCUGCGGUUCAAGAUCAGUGUGUGGAGAUCAGGUCUGCAAAAGAUGAUUUUACAUCAAUUAUUGGGAAAUGUCAAGUUCCAAAAGACCCAAGGCCCCAGUGGAGACGGGUGGCCUGGAGCUAUGACUGCACGCUCCUGGCCUAUGCUGAAAGCACUGGGACUGUCCGAGUGUUUGAUCUCAUGGGAAGUGAGCUCUUUGUCAUUUCCCCGGCAUCAAGCUUUGCUGGUGACUUGAGCUAUGCCAUUGCUGGGUUGGUAUUUUUAGAAUACAAAGCAAGUGCACAAUGGUCUGCAGAGCUCUUGGUCAUCAAUUACCGAGGAGAACUUAGAAGUUACCUUGUCAGUGUUGGAACAAAUCAGAGCUACCAAGAGAGUCACAGUUUCAGCUUUAGUGGUCAUUAUCCUCAUGGAAUAAAUACCGCUGUUUACCACCCUGGCCAUAGACUUUUACUGGUUGGUGGAUGUGAAACUGCUGAACUGGGCAUUUCCAGAGCUUCUAGCUGUGGCCUUUCUGCAUGGAGAGUUCUUUCAGGCUCACCGUACUAUAAGCAAGUUACUAACAGUGAAGACAGGGUCACUGAGGUGCCGAAGACACUGGGAUUAUUAAAGCUGCUAAGUGUCAAGUUUUACACUCGCCAGGGACAAGAACAGGAUGGAAUCUUCAAGAUGAGCCUUUCUCCAGAUGGGAGCCUCCUUGCAGCAAUCCACUUCUCAGGGAAGCUGAGCAUCUGGGCCAUUCCAUCCCUGAAGCAACAAGGCGUCUGGAGUCAAGAUGAGCAGCCAGGCCAUGAUGAGCUGAAUCCUGAUUGGAGGUUGUCUCCUGAGAAGAGGAAGAAAAUAAAAGAUAAGGAGUCCUUUUACCCAUUGAUUGAUGUUAACUGGUGGGCAGAUGGCGCAGUGACCUUGGCUCGAUGCUCUGGUGCAUUAACUGUUUCGUCAGCCAGAACUUUGAAGAAUUUACUGGGAAAAUCCUGUGAAUGGUUUGAGCCAUCGCCCCAAGUCACUGCUACCCAUGAUGGGGGAUUCUUAAGUUUGGAGUGUGAAAUUAAACUUGCCCCCAAACGGUCUCGUGUGGAGAUGAGGGCUGGAGAGGAAGAUGAGGGAGAAGAGGAUUCUGACUCUGAUCAUGACAUGUCUGCCAAGGCUCGAUAUUUUGGUUACGUCAAGCAAGGCCUUUAUUUAGUGACGGAGAUGGAGAGGUUCGCACCUCCCAGGAAACGGCCACGAACUAUCACUAAAAACUACCGCCUUGUGAGUCUUCGCUCCACAACUCCAGAGGAGCUUUAUCAGAGAAAGAUUGAAAGUGAGGAGUAUGAAGAAGCCUUGUCUUUGGCUCACACGUAUGGCCUGGAUACCGACCUUGUCUAUCAGCGGCAGUGGAGGAAGUCAGCUGUCAACAUUGCUUCAAUUCAGAAUUACUUGAGUAAAAUUAAGAAGCGGUCCUGGGUUCUCCAUGAGUGUUUGGAGAGAGUUCCUGAAAAUGUGGACGCUGCCAAGGAGCUGCUGCAGUAUGGAUUGAGAGGCACAGACCUGGAGGCCCUGGUGGCGAUAGGGAAGGGGGCAGAUGACGGCAGAUUCACGUUACCAGGUGAUGUGGACAUUGACAGCAUCUCCUAUGAGGAGCUUACCCCACCUGACAAAGAGCCUGCCAAGAGCAAGCGACAGAAAGAGCUGAAGAAGAGACGCGAGCUCCUCAAAUUAGUGAGCUUUUCAAAGUUGUCCCUGGAGCAAAAGGAACUGUGCCGUUGUAGACUGAAGUUACUAACCUUCUUAGACCGGCUUGCAACAUACGAGAAAAUCCUAGGGGCACCUCAUGCAUCUGAACAGAGAUAUGAUGCUGAAUUUUUCAAGAAGUUCAGAAGUCAGAAUAUUGUUCUCUCAGCAAGAACGUAUGCUCGGGAGAGUAAUGUGCAAGCCCUGGAGAUCCUGCUGACCUACCAUGGCUCCGAUCUGCUCCCUCAUCGCCUUGCCAUCCUCUCCAACUUCCCAGAAACCACCUCUCCACAUGAGUACUCAGUUCUGUUGCCUGAGGCUUGUUGGAAUGGUGACUCCUUGAAGAUCAUUCCUUGGGCUGAGCAUAAACACCGAGCAGAAGAUUGGUGUGAGGAAUCGGAAUGCAGAAUGGUGGUGGAGCCUAGCCUCCAGGAUGACAGUGAGUUCCUCUAUGCUGAGCAGCCUGAGCUACUGCAGUACCGGAUGCCCCAGCUCACGGUGGAGAAGGCGAUGGACUGGUACCGGAGCAGAGCAGAGGAGAUAGAGCACCAUGCUGGGCAGGUUGACUGCUCCUUGUCACUCAUACGCCUUGGAGUGGAGCGCCGUAUUCCUGGCUUGCUGGUUCUCUGUGACGAUUUGGUGACUCUGGAAACACUGGUUUAUGAAGCCGGCUGUGACUUCACCCUCACUCUGAAAGACCUGCAGCAGAAGAAAGACUUUGAAAAGCUCCGAUUGCUGAUGGAACAUUGUUCUGAGGACAAUUAUGUGACCAGUGCUUACCAGUGGAUGGUUCCCUUUCUCCACCGCUGUGAGAAACAGUCUCCUGGUGCAGCCAAUGAGCUAUUGAAAGAGUAUUUAGUAACUUUAGCUAAAGGAGACUUGAAGUUGCCUUUGAAGAUAUUUCAGCAUUCCAAGCCUGAUCUGCCGCAGAAAAUCAUUCCUGACCAGGACCAGCUGAUGGCAAUAGCGCUCGAGUGCAUCUAUAUCUGCGAACGGAGUGACCAGCUCUCUCUCUGCUAUGACAUCUUAGAGUGCCUUCCACAAAGAGGACCCGGGCAUAUGACAAAGGUGACAGCAUCUCUUCAUGACAUGGUAGAUCAACUGGAAAAAAUUCUCAGUGUGUCAGAGCUUUUGAAAAAACAUGGACUGGAGAAGCCAGUUUCAUUUGUCAAGAACACCCAGUCCAGCUCAGAAGAGGCACGCAGCCUGAUGGUUCGCCUGACUAGGCACACUGGCCGGAAGCAGCCUCCUGUUGGUGAGUCUCACUGGAGAAUGCUGCUACAGGACAUGUUGACGAUGCAGCAGCAUGUGUACACAUGCCUCGAUUCCAAUGCUUGCUAUGAGAUAUUUACAGAAAGCCUGCUCUGCUCCAGUCGCCUGGAAAACAUCCACCUUGCGGGGCAGAUGAUGCACUGCAGUGCUCCUUCCGUUAGUCUUCCAGCUGCUGGGACCCAUAGAGGAAGAGCCCAGUACAGGGUCAGCUACGAGAGAAGUGUUGCCUUGGUGCUGGCCGCCAGCAGAGAGUACUUCAACUCCUCCACCAACCUCACUGACAGCUGCAUGGACUUGGCCAGGUGCUGCUUACAGCUCAUAACAGACAGGCCGGCUGCCAUUCAGGAGGAACUGGACCUCAUUCAAGCUCUGGGGUAUCUUGAAGAAUUUGGGGUAAAGAUCUUGCCUUUGCAAGUGCGCUUGUGUUCUGAUCGGAUCAGCCUCAUCAAGGAGUGUGUUUCCCAGUCCGCCACGUGCUACAAACAAUCAGCCAAGCUUCUGGGCCUCGCCGAGCUGCUGAGGGUUGCACGUGAAGACCCAGAAGAAAGGCGUGGCCAGGUUCUGAUCCUGUUAGUAGAACAGGCACUGCAUGUCCACGACUACAAGACAGCCAGUACAUACUGUCAGGAGCUGAUGGCUGCAGGAUAUCCGGGAAGUUGGGCUGUUUGUAGCCAGUUGGGCCAAUCUGAAGGCUACCGGGACCUGGCCCGUCGCCAGGAGCUCAUGGCUUUCGCUCUGACGCACUGCCCUCCCAGCAGCAUUGAACUUCUUUUGGCAGCUAGCAGCUCUCUUCAGACGGAGAUUCUUUACCAAAGAGUGAAUUUCCAGAUCCAUCCUGAAGGAGAAAAUAUUAGUGUCUCACCCUUAAUUGGUAAAGUUCUACAAGAGGAUGAUGGACGUGCUUCGGACAGCAGCUCAGCUGACCUGUUACACUGGACCACUGCAACCACCAUGAAAGUCUUGUCCAAUACCACGACGACUACCAAGGCUGUGCUGCAGGCUGUCAGUGAUGGGCAGUGGUGGAAGAAGUCUUUAGCAUACCUGCGGCCCCUCCAGGGGCAGGAAUUUGGUGGAGCCUAUCGAAUGGGAACUGUAGCCAAUGACGACCUAGCACAGCAAGGAUGCCAUCCUUUCUACGAGUCGGUCAUCACUCACCCCUUUGUCACUGAGCAGGUUCCUGUGGAAAGCUUUGCUGAAGUGUUGCUGAGAACUGGAAAGCUGGCAGAGGCUAAAACAGAAGUGUUUCCAACCACAGAAGUUCUUUUGCAACUAGCAAGUGAUGCUUUGCCGAACGACCUGACACUGGCUCUUGCUUAUCUCCUUGCCUUACCACAGGUGUUAGAUGCUAACAAGUGUUUUGAGAAGCAGGCUCACUCGGCACUGUCUCUCCAGCUGGCAGCGUACUACUACAGCCUACAGAUCUAUGCCCGAUUGGCUCCAUGUUUCAGGGACGAGUGCCAUCCUCUUUACAGGGUUGAUCCCAAAGAGUUAAUCAAGAUGGUGACCAGGCAUGUGGCUCGACAUAGCCAUGAAGCCUGGCCUGAGGACCUCGUGUCACUGACCAAGCAGCUGCACUACUACAAUGAGCGCCUCCUGGAUUUCACCCAGGCUCAGCUCCUCCAGGGCCUGCGCAAGGGUGUGGAUGUGCAGCGGUUCACUGCUGAUGACCAAUAUAAACGAGAAACCAUCCUGGGACUUGCAGAAACGCUUGAGGAAAAUGUCUACAGCAUUGCUCUUUCCCUGGCCCAGCGGUACAGUAUCUCACAGUGGGAAGUCUUCAUGACCCAUCUGGAGUUCCUGUUCAGUGAUAGUGGUUUGUCCACAGGAGAAAUUGAAAAGCGAGCCCAAACCCUUCAUCUCUUUGACACUUUGAAGACAGAUCCUGAGUCCUUUCAUAAACACAUGCUCAAGUAUAUCUACCCCACCAUCGCGGGCCUGGAUCACGAAAGGCUGCUGUAUUAUUUCACUCUCCUGGAAAGCUGUGGCUGUGCAGACUUUGAGACAGCUCCUAUUAGGCCAGAAACCCACAUUCGCCUACUGAAGAAAUUCAAAGUCGUUGCAUCAGGUCUUAAUUACAAGAAGCUGACAGAUGAAAGUGGGGAGGCCCUGGGAGCAUUGGAGCCGGUGCUCACAAGUCAGAAUAUCUUAUCUAUUUCCAAACUUGCUCCCAGAAUCCCUGAGAAGGAUGGGCGGAUGCUUUCCCCCAGCUCCCUGUACACCGUCUGGUUGCAGAAGUUGUUCUGGACCGGAGAUCCCCAGCUCAUCAAGCAGGCUCCGGAGUCCUCCUCAGAGUGGCUGCAUGCCUUUGACAUCUGCCUGAAGUACUUUGAUCGCCUGUGUCCGGAUGACCUCAUCACUGUGGUGGAUGCAAUUACGUUUUCUCCAAAAGCUGUGUCCAAGCUAUCCGUAGAAGCACGUGAAGAGAUGACCAGAAAGACCAUUAAGACAGUCAAGCAUUUCAUAGAGAAACCCAGGAAAAGAAAUUCAGAAGAUGACCCCCAGGCAGGUCCCGAUUCUCAAGUCACCUAUGCAGAUGUCUUGGCUCACCUGGAGACAUCACUUGCCCACCUGCAAACCCUCAGCCACAGCUUCAUCCUCAGCCUGAAGAACAGUGAGCAGGAAAUACUACAGAAGUAUAGUUACCUCUAUGAUCUGUCCCGCUCAGAAAAAGGGAAACUUCAUGACCAAGCUGUGGCCAUGUGUUUAGAUGGCCAGCCACUAAGAAUGAUUCAACAGCUGUUAGAAGUGGCUGUCGGUCCUGUCAACAUCUCACCCAAGGAUGUAGUGCAUAGUGCAAUCACAAAAAUAAUUUCUGCAUUGAGUGGCAGUAGUGCUGAACUCUGUGGGCCACGUGACCCCCUCCAGGUCCUGGAAGCUGUUGUUGGGGCAGUCCACACCAGUGUGGACAAUGGGGAGGAGCUGGUGUCAGCCGAGGUCCUGCUGCAGUGGCUGCGGCCUUUCUGUGCCAACGACGCCUGCCCCGUGCGGCCUCGGGUCCAGGCGCUGCAGAUCUUGGGGCAGUCCUUCCGCCUGAGUGAGGAGGACAGCAGGCUGCUGCUGUUCUUCCGGACCGAAGCCAUCCUCAGAGCCGCGUGGCCCCAGAGACAGGUAGACAUAGCUGCCAUUGAGAAUGAAGAAAAUCGCUACUCUCUGUUCACGGAGCUCCUGGAAUCUAGUCACGAUGAGGUCCAAUUUCAGCACUUGAUUUUACUCUUGCAAGCUUGGCCACCUAUGAAAAGUGAAUGUGUCAGCGUAGCCAGCAAUCCAUGGCUGAGACUGUCGACUGCAAUGCUGACCAGAUGUACAGCAGAGAACAAGCGGGAACUGGGGGAUGAGGUGCUGAAGAUGUGCCGCUCUCUGUACAGCACCAAGCAGAGGCUGCCCGUGGAGGCUGUGAAGGAGCUGAGCCUGCUGCUGCUGCACGAGUCCCUCCUGCUGCCGUCACUGAAGCUGCUCUUGGAGAGUGGAGAUGAGACACUGCAGGCCAUGGCCCUGGAGCAAAUCUCAGCUGUCACUAAGGUGGAUGACUCCAACUGUGACCAGGAGCUGCUUGCCCUGCUCGUGGAUGCCAGGCUGUUGGUGAAAUGUGUCUCCACACCCUUCUAUCCACAUAUUGUUGGUCACCUUGUGGCCACCAACCAGCAAGGACUCUGGGAUGCAGAGGAACUGGCUAGACACCUGCAGGAGGCCGGCCAUGAAGUCGAAGCUGGGUCACUCCUGCUGGCUGUGCAGGGGACUCACCGGGCCUUCAGAACUUUCAACACUGCCCUCAGCGCAGUGAGGCAGUAGGUGUGAGCACAAGGACCCAUGGCACAGGAGAGAGCGUUGGACCCUGAAGCAGGAUGUGUAGCAGUUAAUUGUUCUCAGCAUUUCUAACAGUCACAAAUAAAGGCGUAUACAAAUGCCCUCUCAGUACUUUCUUCCUCACACUGAUGGGUUAGCAUACUC